AUGUCGCCAGACCAAGAAACACUAGCCGAGUUCCUCAAGGCGCACCCGUCAACCAAGUUCAUCCGCCUCCAAUGGAUCGACCUUUCAGGCGUCCUGCGCGCUCGCUUCCUCCCCGUCGAUCGAUGCCUCCGAAUCGCUAGCGGCCAAGAAAACGUCUGCCUCGCUCAGAACAGCAUGAUUAUACCCAUUUCCACUGCCCCACGAUCCUUCUCUCUGAGCGACUACCAUGAAACCUGGUGCCUGCGCCCGGACUGGCAAUCGCUAUGUCUCUGCGGUUUCAACCGUGGCCACGCCACUGUCAUGAGCUUCAUGGACCAGAAGGAUGCUGCAUCACGCUUCGACAAGUGUCCGCGCACCCUGCUCAUCCAGACUCUCACCCGUCUUGAGAAAGAGUGGGGUGCAAAGGCGCUUGCAGGAUUCGAGAUCGAGUUUGUGAUUCUGGAUGAACAAGACAACAUCAUCAAGCCGCUGGAUCGACUGAACGGCUACUCGAGACCUGCUGGCUUACGCGGCGACACUUUGAACCUGGUUGAAGAAGUCGUCGAUGCCCUCCAACAGUCUUCCAUCGCUAUCUACCACUUCCAUGCCGAAGCCUGGGAUCAGCUAGAGAUUGCCCUUGCACCCCAGACUUUGCUGCAAGCUAUCGACUCUCUCAUCGUGGCUCAAGAGACCAUUCGCACCAUAUGCAUUCGCCGGAACCUCAAGGCAACCAUGACUCCAAAGCCAACGCUGGCUGGACCUUUGAGCGGCCUGCAUAUGCAUCUCUCUCUCGACAAUCUCCAAGGCGGAUCUGCCGACUGCUUCAUUGCUGGCAUUCUCAGUCACAUGGGCUCCCUCUGUGCCCUUGGAAUGGCCAACUACGACGGUUAUGUCCGCUCUGUCGACGAUGCUUGUGGGGCAUGGGUCGGUUUCGGUACUGAUAACCGUGACCUCCCGGUGCGAAAGAUCAGCGACUGGCAUUGGGAAUUUCGCAUGAUGGAUGCUACAUCGAACCCCUACUUAUUCGCCGCGGGCGUUCUCCUUGCAGGUCUGGAUGGCCUUGAGAAGACAACGGAAUUGGUCUGGAAGGAUUGUAAGUUCUUCCCUCAAAUGAUGGACGAGAGGAAGCGGAACGAACACGGCCUCAACACCCGUAUGCCGUCCACUCUCAAUGAAGCCUUGGACCAUUUGAAGCAAGAUGAAGUUUUGAAGAUGGACGUGGGCGAGGAGUUGAUGAAAUGGUACAUGUCGGUCAAAGACAAGGAGGUGGAGGUGUUUGGGAAGAUGAACGACGAGCAGAGACGAAUUCGCUUCUUGGAAUACUUCUGA